AUGCCUUCCAAGACCGACGAUAAGUACACAGAUCCAGAGCUUCGUGAUGAGGUCAAGGAAGAGAUUCAGGCUGGCGGAAAAGGAGGUGCGCCUGGCCAAUGGUCCGCUCGAAAGGCGCAGAUGAUGGCUUCUGAGUACAAGAAACGCGGCGGAGACUAUACCACAGAUAAGAAGGACGACAGUGCGAAGCACCUCGACAAAUGGACAGAGGAGGAGUGGCAGACCAAAGAAGGCAGCGGAAGCGCGAAAGAUGAAAAUGGUCUAGAACAUCGGUACCUACCGAAGAAGGCGUGGGAACAGAUGAGUGAGAAGGAAAAGGAAGAGACAGAUGCAAAGAAGCAGGAAGGAAGCAAGGAGGGCAAGCAACACGUCGCCAACACUUCAAAGGCUGCUCACGCCAGAAAGGAUGCUAGCAAAGAGGACGAUACCAACACAUAUACCAAGAUCGAAAAGAAGAGCAAGACGGACUGCACCACACAGUGGGAUGACCCAGACCACAUGGAGAACGAUCAAAGGGAAUACCAGAAGUUCUUGGAGUCUAAUCGCAAGUCCAAAGGCUCAGCGCAGGAAGACCACCCGGGCAAAAAGCGUGGACGCGGUGCGAAUGCAGAGGCUCCGAGCAAGAAACAGAAAAGUGCGGGUGGAAAGCAUGAUGAACCAAUUGGAGCUGCCGGCGACAAGACUCGGGUACCGAAGAAGGGCCAGAAAGUUCAAUGGCACUCACUACCUGGCUACGUCGACGGCGAAGUGGUCGAGGUCCUGUAUGAGGAGAAGACGGUUGAUGGAAAGAGCGUCAAGGCGAGCAAAGAAGAUCCCAGGGUGGUACUCAAGAGUGAAUCGUCGGGGAAGAUUUGUGUGCACAAGCCGGAGGCAGUGUACUUUGACUAG